GGACUCGAGCGCUCCGAGCGCGAGGGGAAGAGGAGCGAAAGGGGCCAGAAGGCGCGCGUGCUCGCUCUCCCGGGGUCCAGAGGCCGCCUAGAACCGUGGGCGCGAACGAGGGAGGAAAAGGGCGUCCGCUCGCUCGGGGGGAUUGUAGGGUGAAGCAAGCGCGCCCGCCUCCUCGGGGCGCGAGAAAGAGCCCCCCACUCGCCAGGGAACCAAGCCGGGACAGGCAGCUGAAGAGGCGUGGAGCCGGGAAAGGAGGGAAGACCCACGCAAGCCGAUUGGCUACCAGUGUUCCAUCACCAUCUGGUUCUGUCCCUGGAACAUCUGCCCCCUUUCGACCUCUCUUCAACGAUUUUGGGCCCCCAUCUAUGGGCUACGUGCAGGCUAUGAAGCCACCAGGUGCCCAAGGCUCCCAGAGCACAUAUACAGAUUUGCUUUCUGUAAUUGAAGAGAUGGGCAAAGAGAUACGACCUACAUACGCUGGUAGCAAGAGUGCUAUGGAACGACUGAAGCGAGGUAUUAUUCAUGCCCGGGCACUAGUAAGAGAGUGUCUGGCAGAGACAGAGCGCAAUGCCCGCACGUAACACUCGCUUUCUCCUGGUGCCACCCGUGGAGGAUCCUAGCACUUUCCAGCUAAUCAACAUUUUAGAAUCUGGAGUUUUCCCCUUCCUUUCAAAUCUUUCCACCAAUCAGUGUCUCAAGUCUUAGAACUGUGAUCGCCUUCAAAGACCUUUAUACCAAUUGGCACCUAAGAAUCUGAAGUAUCUCCACUUGCAUCACAGAACUUCCCGUCAAUUGGCAUUCUGGGAGUAUAUACAGAAAGCGUUCAUUGUGCAUAUCCUUGGUUUACUAGUCGAAAUAAUUGCUGGUGACAAGUUCUAUAUCUUUAUAAAAUACAUGGGGGUUUUGAAUAAAUAAAAAUCUUUAGAAUUUGGAUUAUUUCUUCACUGUGCUUUUCUAUUUUUUUUUAAUGUGGUGAGGGAAAUAUUCUCUACCUCACUAAAAUAUUCCUGAAGGGCAUGUAUUGCAAGAUAUGCUUCCUUGAUAAAGCAGUAUCAAGCCCUCUUCCUCUUGCAACAAGAGUCUCAACCAGCGAUCACUGAGCCUGUAUUGGAAAACUUGUAAUAAAAUGUUUCUACUCCUA